CCAGGCCAGGGGAGAUGGAGGGGCCGGGGAGAGUGAGAGAGAUAUAGGCACCUGGAGGGCCAACACCUGCAGUUGUUGAUUAAAUAAUUCGGACUGGUGUGUAAGAAGGGUCUGCAAAUGGUGGCUUACACCAAAGUGCUGCCUCGAUCGGGCUUCGUAACCCGGUCCGUCCUUGCUUCCAACCACCAGCUGAAAGGCCGACUGUAUGGGCUUGCUGCGGGCAUUCGGCCGGUUGUACAGGAACCGCCAACAACAGAGAAAGACAAAGUGUUGAGCGACCCCCUGAAACAUCCUGAUUUCUUCCACGUUAGUGAGCUCUUCACUCUGAAAGACCUGUUUGAUGCCAGGGUGCACCAUGGUCACAAGCGAGGCUGUCGGCACAGGCUGAUGGAACCAUAUCUUUUUGGCUGCCGAUUGGAACAGGACAUUAUUGACUUGGAUCAGUCUAUUCUUCACCUUCAGAAGGCACUGAACUUCACUGCCCAUUGUGCGUAUCGGAAAGGAAUCAUCCUGUUUAUUGGUCGAGCCCGUCAGUUUUCUCACCUGAUAGAGACGACAGCACAGGAGAGCGGGGAGUAUGCGCAUACCAGGUACUGGCAGGGUGGGCUCCUGACUAAUGCACCCGUCCAGUACGGCACUGGCGUGCGUCUGCCUGACCUCAUCGUCUUUAUCAACACUUUAAACAACGUGUUUGAGCAGCAUGUGGUUGUGCGGGAUGCUGCCAAGAUGAAUAUUCCAACAGUGGGGAUAGUGGACAGUAACUGCAAUCCAAGCCUCAUCACUUAUCCCAUUCCAGGGAAUGAUGACACGCCAUCUGCUGUGAAACUUUAUUGUAAGCUUUUUAAAAUGACCAUUCUCCGGGCAAAGGACAAAAGACGCCAAAUGGACCUUCUGUAUGGACACCAGAAAGAGUUGCCAGAGCCGAGUACUUAAUGUGCUGAGAUAUUCCUCUCGCUGCCUGAUGGCAGCUCUAUGUAAAACCUGGAGCAAGUAAGCAAAAAAUAAAACGUUUAGCAGCCUA